UAAAACCUCGUCCAACGGUUUUACAAUCAACCCAAAUUCCAAUUUCCAAAACAACCAAACACUCCUCUCCCAAUUCACAAUUUCAUAUUCCAAAAUGGUCAUGUCCAUCCCCCAUCUUACACACAUAUCACUGGCAUUUCUCUCACUCUCUUGCUUCUUCUUCAUCUUACACAUGCUUCUAUCUCGAUCCCGCCGAUUCAACUGGUUCUACAGCUAUGGCCCACCAACAUACCCGAUUCUCGGAUGCUUGAUCGCCUUCUACAAGAAUCGCUACCGUCUAUUGGAUUGGUACACCGAUAUGUUAGCACAUUCGCCGACUCAGACGAUCUUAGUUCAACGCUUGGGUGCCAGGCGGACCAUCAUCACUGCAAAUCCGGAUAACGUUGAAUACAUCCUCAAGACCAAGUUCGAUAAUUUCCCCAAAGGGGAGCCCUUUACGGAGAUCCUCGGCGAUCUCCUCGGCCGUGGUAUAUUCAACGUCGACGGCGAGCUCUGGCACACCCAACGCAAGCUAGCGAGCCACGAGUUCACUACCAAAUCCUUGAGAGAAUUCGUCAUAUCAACGCUCGAAGCUGAGGUUAACGAGAGGCUGGUCCCGAUCUUGAAAUCCGCCGCUGCAGAUCAAACGGUGGUGGAUUUGCAAGAUUUGCUCAGACGGUUCACAUUCGAUAGUAUAUGUAAGGUUUCGUUAGGGACGGACCCGGGCUGCUUAGACCCGUCACUGCCAGUAUCGAAUCUUGCAAGAUCAUUCGACAUGGCGUCGGAGAUAAGCGCAAAGCGAGCCACGUCACCUGUUUUUGCAGUGUGGAAGGCGAAGCGAGCUUUGCGUGUUGGAUCGGAGAAAAAACUCAAGGAUGCUAUCAAGCUUGUUCAUGGUGAAGUGAUGGAGAUUAUUCAUUGUAAGAAACUUAAAAACAAUGAAUUAGAUGAAACAAGUAGUGUAAAUGGAGAUCUUUUAUCGAGGUUGAUAUCGGGCGGUCACGAUGAAGAGGUGAUUCGUGAUAUGGUCAUCAGCUUCAUAAUGGCCGGACGAGAUACAACGUCAGCUGCUCUUACGUGGCUCUUCUGGUUGCUGGCUCGUCAUCCUGAUAUCAAGAAAGAAGUGAUCGAUGAAGUGUCGACGCCGCUGGAAUCGGAUGAAGUAAGAUUAGAUUACGAAAAUUUGAAGGAAAUGAAAUUAGUGAAAGCAUGCUUAUGUGAAUCGAUGAGAUUGUAUCCACCUGUUGCAUGGGACUCCAAGCAUGCACGGCACCAUGACACGCUUCCGGAUGGUACACGUGUGAACAAGGGCGAUAGGGUGACAUAUUUCCCAUAUGGAAUGGGAAGGAUGGAGACAGUGUGGGGCAAAGAUCAGUUAGAGUUCAAUCCAAGACGUUGGUUAGGAUCGACGGUGCAUAUUACAUCUUACAAGUUCCCUGUGUUCCAAGGUGGGCCACGAAUUUGUUUAGGGAAGGAGAUGGCAUUCAUUCAAAUGGAGUACGUGGUAGCUGCGAUGCUGAGGCGGUUCGAGUUCCAACCGGUUCGGCAGGACCCGCCGGUUUAUGUGCCCCUCCUGACUGCUCACAUGGACGGUGGAUUGAAGGUGAUGGUUAAGGAAAGAGGAGGGAAAUCUGUAGGUUCUUAGCUUAAUUUGAAAUGUAGAUGAUAUAAAUUUCAGAAGAGUACCAUUGAGUGUAUACACAGUGUUAGUGUGUAUUGUGUUAGGAUGUCGUAUAUAUGACUCAGUGUUAGUGCAUACACGGAUAUUGAGUGUAAUAUAUUUCCUUGGAAUAGCAUUAUUA